CGGCGAAGAGGAACUCGACAAUCGAAUGGCCAUGAAAGAAAAGGUCUGUUCUCAUCACCAAAAAGUGAGCCCGGAUGUUGCCUCUUCAAGAAUUAAUUACGUCACUUUACCUAACGUUCCUGACACCACAUCUAUUCAUGCUAUAGAAAUACAGAGCCCUCUACCAGAAAAGCUAAAGAAAAUCCGUACUCACAAAACGUCAGGGAUUAUUAACACUGGAUAUGUGCCUGACUCUGAAGAACAUUCUUUUAUCAAAAAAUUACCUAUGUCUGUGGUGGAUCAAAAUACUUCGUUUCAAUCUCACUCUAAAGAGACCGUUCCCACCAUCACCGUGGAGACGUCAGUUACGCCUCAAGAUCCAGCUCACUGGAAAGAUUCCUUACCAAUAGAAGACGAAUCAUGGUCUGGGUCAGGGAGAGCUUCGAACGUGUAUCAUACUAUCCAGCGGUUGGUGCAGGCAUUUGCCGAGAGAGCUCGCCGAGUGAAGGAAAAAAUUGUUCAAACACCAACACCAUCUCCAACAUCUUCUCUUAAUGAGGAGGAAAAUGAAAAACAGCAUGAUCGACCACGUUUAGCGUCUUUAAUUCAAAAUGACGAUCCAUCUGCUGCUAAUGAUUGGAUGGAAGAAGACAAAGGAAUUUGGUAUUGCAGAAUGUCUAAGCAACUUCUUCUUUCAUUCCCACGAGUUCUGGAUCCACAAAGUAAGGUUUACAUCUCCUGGCUACUGAUUGUCACCUUGUGUUUCGUGUACAAUGCUUGGUCCAUUUUCUUACGAGCUGUGUUUCAAUAUCAAACACCAGAAAGUCUCCCAUAUCUUUUGAGUUUUGACUACUUUAGUGAUGCUAUCUACAUAAUAGAUAUGGUGGUCUUUAAAGUUCGUGUGAAGUAUCUUCAUGAGGGAUUCUGGGUGGAAGAUUUAGCAGCAACACGAAAAAACUAUUUUAAGAAAACGAUGUUUAAGAUGGAUCUGCUGUCUCUGUUUCCUUUGGAUUUGCUGUAUCUUGUAUAUGGUUUUAAUGCUUUGUUUCGGUUUCCCAGAAUGUUGAAGGUUCAGACUUUCUGGGAAUUUUUCAACAGAAUGGAUGCUGUGGCUAAAUCUCCAUAUGUUGUCAGAAUCUUACGAACAUUAAUCUACAUGAUGUACCUCAUCCACCUGAAUGCCUGUGGCUAUUAUGCCAUGUCUGUGUGGGAGGGGAUUGGUUCCAAUGAUUGGGUGUUUCAAGGAGAAGGAAAUGCGUAUAUUCGUUGUAUGUAUUUUGCCACCAAAACGGCAACAUCUAUUGGAAAAAAUCCAAAACCUAAGAAUGAAUAUGAAUACAUCUUCAUGACAUUCAGUUGGCUUACUGGUGUUUUUAUAUUUGCUUUCUUGAUUGGGCAGAUUCGGGAUAUUGUUGCCACAGCAACACAGAACACCACUCAGUAUCAUCAGGUGAUGGACCAAAUGGUUCGAUACAUGAGGCACCUAAACCUACCCGAGAAUCUACAAUACAGAGUUAGACUGUGGUUAAAUCACACGUGGGAACAACAGAAAACACUACAUGAAAGCAAAAUUUUGGAUUCCUUACCCAUGAAGAUGAAAACAGAUGUGGCUAUCAAUGUCCAUUACAACACUUUAGUUAAGGUUCAGCUUUUUAAGAACUGUGAUAAAGCUCUCCUGAGAGACCUAGUUUUGAAAUUACGACCAGUUUUAUUUCUUCCAGGAGACAACAUUUGUAGAAAGGGAGAACUAGGAAAAGAAAUGUACAUUGUGAACAAGGGGCUAGUACAGGUGAUGGGAGGAGAGGAAGGAGACGUGGUUUUGGCUACUUUAUCGGAGGGCAGCGUUUUCGGUGAAAUCAGUCUUUUAGGUAUUCCAGGAUGUAAUCGGAGAACCGCAGAUGUGCGCUCUAAGGGCUUUUCCAAUUUGUUUGUUCUGGGAAAAGCUGAUUUGUGGGAUGCUUUAGAACACUAUCCAGAUGCCCAAGCUAUACUGAAGAAGAAGGCCCAGACACUAAUUAAACAGAAUGAAGACAGAGAGAAACUGGCCAGUGGCAGCCGUAAAAAGAUAGAAGCAGAAACAAUUAUCAGGGAUCCCUCUCGUACACCCACACCUCGUCUCCUGAAAACUGUUCUGGAGGUGGUCCAUCCAAACUCCAUGUGUGCUCAGCUGUUUAAUAAGAAGAGGUCUUCUGCCCCAGUACUAAUCGGUGACAGAAGUCAAAACAAUUUACUCCCCUCUCCCCGGCUUCGGGCAAGCAGCGUGAGUGGAGUUGGUUAUUUAUCCCUGAACACAAAACAGGAUGGAUUUCUCAACUUGAAGAUGCCAUCAUUAUCCCAGAAAGAUGAUAAAGUAUCUCUAGAAAACUUUCUGAACAAGACAUCGGAGGAUAUUGCACCCAAAGCAAUUAAGGAACUGUUACAUAGAGUACCUACACUUCCUCACAAACCAUCUACUCAAUCAGAAGUGAUAAGAAACUUAGAAACUGAAGAGAAGGUGAUAUGGGAAAGACUGUGUUCCCACGAAGAUCUAAUAAAAUCAUCAGCAGCAUCAUUGGAUGAAUUACCUAUGAUGGGAAAACCACCAACAGGUUCUGGUCUCGAACUCCAGCUUCCUUACAAACCAGCAGAAGCAAACUCAUGUUUGAAAACUGAAGAAAAGUUGGCGAGGGAAGAGAUGUGUUCCCAUGGUAACUUAAUAACAUCCCCAGUCACACCAGUAGAUGAACUCGUAUUGAUGGGAAAACCACCAACAGGUUCUGGUCUCAAACUCCAGCUUCCUUACAAACCAGCAGAUCAGUCAGAAGCAAACUCAUGUUUGAAAACUGAAGAAAAGUUGGCGAGGGAAGAGAUGUGUUCCCAUGGUAACUUAAUAACAUCCCCAGUAGAUGAGCCACUUAAUAAUGGGUGUAAUAGUUCUAAUGCCAGCUCAGCUUCUGAGCAGUACAACAUAGAAGAGGAAGAUUUUUUGUCUUUCUCCGAGUACCAUAAGUACAAACAGCUUCCUCAGCUACAACAAUCUGGAUUUUGUUCCACUGGAUAUUUCUUUGAGUCAGAGUUCAAGUGAUGAAACUGUGUGUUAAGCUGUGUUGAACUUCGGGAAAAGUAUUUGUCUGUUAUGUGUUUAUGCUAGUCAGUAGAUUCUGUCGUUAAACACACAAAUCUGUAUGUUAGUACGAGGAGGUCAUAUUUCAUUUAAAAACAAAUUAUCAGAAAACUUUAAAUGUGGGAGGUCACAAUUUCUCAGGAUGUACACAAAAGCCCUUGCAUAUGAAAUAUUGUUAGAUAAUUUUUAAAAAAUAUGUUUAAAGCUCAAAAAUUAAUUACAUGUAGCCAUUAUCAUUUAAGUAAAAAUCUCAAUUUGAAAAAAUAGGUAAGUGUGUCGCGGUAAGGUCAUCAUCCUCCCCCUCAACUGCGUUAGCAUACACAAUAUACAAAGAGUUGAUAUAAAGUGAAACUAACCCUAUGUAUAUGAAUCUAAGAACUGUAAAUAAUAGAAUAAAACAUAUACAAGGAAAGGACAGUUUGAUUACAGGUUUACUUGGCUGGAAACUACAGGGUUCUAAAAUAACUACCAAAUUAUUGUGGCCAAGUUAUCCUAUACAUCUCUCUGUUCUUCUGUGGUAGUUCAAACACUGUAUACAGUUUAAAUAGAUACAUACUUUUUUAACACUUAGUCAGAGAAGCAUAUCAAAUGAAUAUGGUCUGUUCAUGCAGGUAGCUCCACCUGUUAUCAGCAAAUAUAAGUAAUGAUGCUGGUUUUGGAAGAUCUGAUGUACUGCGAGUGUUUUUUUUUUCGAUAUAAAAAUUCAUACGUAACAUUUUCCAACAGUAAAUUUUGUAGAAUAUCGUGUGUUCAUAAUUCAAAUUUGGAGCGUGUUUAUUUUGUACUCUAGAACUAAGAAUGAAAUAUUGUCAUAAGUAAAUUAAGAUGUUUUCUGUUCGGUUUACUUAACUACAGACAAACUAUUUUUUAAUGAUUGAUGUAGUCAACAAAGUGUUGUUAAUUUGUUUGUAAACUCUACUUACUUCACUUAUAUAAGACUUUGACAUGUGUUAAACAACAGAACUGUUAUUUUCAUCUCGAAAUAACACCAUGAUAUAUUAAAUGUUGUCAUGAGUGAGUGUUAGGAAGUACAGUAAAUUAUAAUGUAAAAUAUUAGUCACAGGAAUAUGUAGUUGUGUUUUGUUUAAAGAACAGUUUAACGUGGAAAGAUAUGUGAUAAUCAGAAAAGUUGCAGUUCUGAAUUGGUAAAGGUAAGAUUUAGUGUAAAAAAAAGUUUUUAUUAUAAAAAUGAGUCUAAAAUUAUUUUGAGUAUUAAUGGCAAAAUAUACAGAUUCAUGUUAGGCUCAU